UACUGUAACAGUAAAUCGCGCAGCGCUGGUUGGUGUAGUCGUCUGUAGAAAGGUCACUACAUGUAACCGGUGGAUUGUGGUUUUAGUGUCUCAUUUCACAACUUAAUACUUACUCUGCAAAUCUAGUAUUAAAAUACAAAAAACCUUACCUGUGAAAGUGAAAACGUUGCUUAGUGCUAUUUUCGAGUUACGCUUUAUUAUUUUAUCGAACUUACUUUGAGGUAUGGAGUGGGAAGGGCCGCCCAAGCAAGGCUUGUACGACCCCCAGAACGAGCACGAAGCCUGCGGUGUUGGUUUUGUUGUUGCUAUCGACGGAAAACGCAGUCAUAAAAUUGUUCGAGAUGCUGAAGUUCUGGCUAAACGUAUGGAGCACCGCGGUGCCUGCGCGUGCGACAAUGAUACCGGUGAUGGCGCCGGUGUACUGACCGCUAUCCCUCAUCAAUUCUACUGUGCUCAACUAAGAGACAGUCACCAGAUCGAUUUGCCCCCCUUCGGGCGAUAUGCGACCGGGAUCUUCUUCUUAGACAAACUGCAUCACCAGGACAUAGAAGCCAAGUUUCUAGUACUAGCCGAGAGUCUUGGUCUUAAGGUGCUGUGCUGGCGUACCGUUCCUACAAAAAACAGCAGCAUCGGUCAGGUGGCUCGUAACUCGGAGCCGUAUAUGCGUCAAGUGUUUGUUACCGGCGAUAUCGAGGACGAGACCCAGCUGUCGCGGCAGAUAUUCGUGCUCCGUAAACGCGCAAGCCACGAGCUGGUGGUGCCGGGCGCCAGGUUCUAUAUAUGCAGCCUGUCGCUCAGGACUAUCGUGUACAAAGGACUUCUAACUUCUAAUCAGCUAUGGGAGUACUUCAAGGAUCUGAGCAAUCCAGCGUUCACAACGUAUUUGGCGCUUGUCCACACAAGAUUCUCAACGAAUACGUUUCCGAGCUGGGAAAGAGCACACCCAUUGAGGGUUCUCGCCCACAAUGGAGAAAUAAAUACGUUACGAGGUAACGUCAAUCUGAUGAAAGCUCGCGAGGGUGUGAUGAAGAGCGACAUAUUUGGAGACGACUUGAAGAAGCUAUAUCCAGUGGUGGAGCCCAACCUGUCGGACUCUGGGUCGGCGGACUGCGUGCUGGAGUUCCUGGCGCAGGCGGGCGGCAGGUCGCUGCCCGAGGCGGUGAUGACCAUGGUGCCCGAAGCGUGGCAGAACGACCACACCAUGCACCCCGACAAGCGCGACUACUACCAGUGGGCCUCCUCCGCCAUGGAGCCGUGGGACGGACCCGCCCUGGUCUCCUUCACGGACGGCCGGUACAUCGGUGCUAUACUGGACAGGAACGGUCUGCGGCCGUCUCGUUUCUACGUGACCAGCGAGAACAUACUGGUCAUGGCCUCCGAAGUCGGAGUGUACGACGUCGAGCCUGAGAAGGUCGUACUCAAGAGUCGUCUGAAGCCGGGCCGGAUGCUGCUCGUGGACACGGUUCAGAAAAGAAUGAUUCAAGAUGUCGAGUUGAAGAUGGAAAUAGCGAGGAGCCGACCGCACUCUGAGUGGCUGAGAGAUAAGAUGAUCACAAUGGAGGACAUAUACAAAUCAUUGAGUCCAGCCGAGAAUGGUUCUACGGUUUCCAACGGCGAAUCUCGACCCAUUUCGGGCCUUUCUGACAAAAGACUCGGUCUCUUCGGUUACACCAUCGAGUCAAUCCACAUGCUGCUGCUUCCCAUGAUACAGAACAAGAAGGAAGCCCUCGGAAGCAUGGGCAACGACGCUCCGCUGGCGUGCCUGUCCCGCUUCCAGCCGCUGCCCUACGAGUACUUCAAGCAGCUGUUCGCGCAGGUCACGAACCCGCCCAUCGAUCCGUUCAGGGAGAAGAUAGUGAUGUCCCUGCUGUGUCCGAUCGGACCGGCGCCGAAUAUCCUGCAGCCCGGCGCCGAGUUCGUGCACCGACUGUUCCUGCCGCAGCCCGUGCUGUCCCUGCCGGACCUCGACGCGCUCAAGCGGACCAGCUACCGGGGCUGGAAGACGCAAGUAUUGGACUGCACGUACGAAGCGUCGUCGGGCGCGAGCGGGCUGGUGGCGGCCCUGAACGCCGUGUGCGCCGCCGCAGAGAGCGCCGCCCGCGCGCGCUGCCAGCUGCUCGUGCUGUCCGACCGCGCCGCCGGACCCAAGCGCGUGCCCGUCAGCUCGCUGCUCGCGCUGGGAGCUGUACAUCAUCAUUUAAUUGAAACCCGUCAGCGAAUGAAAGUUGGACUCAUUGUCGAGACGGCCGAAGCGAGAGAGGUUCAUCACAUGUGCGUUCUGUUAGGCUACGGCGCCGACGCGAUCUGUCCGUACUUGGCCUUCGAGCUGGCGUUCGCCCUCCGCAACGACAACAUCCUCGACCCGAACCUCACCGACGACGACAUCUACUCCGCCUACCAGAAGGCCAUUGAGACCGGCCUCGCCAAGGUCAUGGCCAAGAUGGGCAUCAGCACCCUCCAGUCUUACAAGAGCGCUCAGAUAUUCGAAGCCGUCGGCUUGAGCGAGGAAGUCAUCGAUAAAUGUUUUAAAGGAACCCAAUCUAGGAUUGGUGGCGUGAACUUUGAGAUUCUGUCGAAUGAGACGUUGGACCGACACGCCAUGACUUACGGGGAUUGCGUAGAUAGUCUCGUUUUGAGGAACCCGGGCAACUAUCACUGGCGCGCCGGCGGAGAGAAGCACGUCAACGACCCCACGUCCAUCGCCAACCUGCAGGAGGCCGCGCUCGGGAACAGCAAGUCUGCCUACGACCGGUUCAGAGAGAGCACGCUGGAGUCGGUCCGCGCCUGCACGCUGCGGGGCCAGCUGGAGCUCGUGCGGCUGGACGAGCCCAUCCCUAUCAGCGAAGUGGAGCCGGCCUCGGAAAUCGUUAAACGUUUCGCUACAGGUGCGAUGUCAUUCGGAUCGAUAUCUCUGGAGGCUCACACGACGCUCGCCAUCGCCAUGAACCGCAUCGGAGGUAAAUCCAACACCGGAGAAGGAGGGGAAAACGCUGACCGAUAUUUGAACCAGGACCCCGACUACAGCAAGCGCUCGGCCAUCAAACAAGUCGCGUCGGGACGGUUCGGGGUGACGGCCUCGUACCUCGCGCACGCGGACGAUCUGCAGAUCAAAAUGGCGCAGGGGGCCAAACCCGGAGAAGGUGGAGAACUGCCCGGCUACAAGGUGACGGCGGACAUAGCGCGCACGCGGUGCUCGGUGCCGGGCGUGGGGCUGAUCUCGCCGCCGCCGCACCACGACAUCUACUCCAUCGAGGACCUCGCCGAGCUCAUCUACGACCUCAAGUGCGCCAACCCCAAGGCUCGCAUAUCCGUCAAACUGGUGUCCGAGGUCGGGGUCGGGGUCGUCGCUUCCGGGGUCGCCAAGGGCAAGGCAGAGCACAUCGUGAUCUCUGGGCACGACGGCGGCACCGGCGCGAGCUCGUGGACCGGCAUCAAGUCGGCCGGCCUGCCCUGGGAGCUGGGGGUCGCCGAGACGCACCAGGUGCUCGUGCUCAACGACCUCAGAUCCAGGGUCGUCGUACAGGCGGACGGUCAGAUCCGGACCGGGUUCGACGUGAUGGUCGCCGCGCUGCUCGGGGCCGACGAGUUCGGGUUCAGCACCGCGCCGCUCAUUGCGCUCGGCUGCACGAUGAUGCGCAAGUGCCACUUGAACACGUGCCCGGUCGGCAUCGCCACGCAGGACCCGGUGCUCCGGAAGAAAUUCGCCGGGAAACCUGAACACGUCGUCAACUACCUCUUCAUGCUGGCGGAAGAGAUACGUCAGCACAUGGCUGAAGUCGGUGUGCGGCGCUUCCAAGACCUGAUCGGUCGCACGGACCUGCUCAAGGUGCGCGAGAACAACGACAACCCCAAGGCCAGGCUGCUCAACCUGAGCCUCAUACUGAAGAACGCUCUCCACAUGAGGCCCGGGGUCAACAUCAUCGGGGGCUCCAAAGCGCAGGACUUCCAACUGGAGAAACGUCUGGACAAUCAGCUGAUCGAGCAGUGCUCCGGCAUCCUGGACGGGACUCAGGCGCACGCCGACAUCAAAAUGAAAAUAACGAACGAGGACCGCGCGUUUACUUCCACCCUGUCCUAUCGGAUCGCUAUGGAAUAUGGCGACGACGGUCUACCGGACGGUAAAACUGUUAACAUCUCAUUGACCGGUUCAGCGGGACAGAGCUUCUGCGCGUUCCUGUCCAAGGGCAUCACUGUAACGCUCGAGGGAGACGCUAACGACUACGUCGGCAAGGGUCUGUCGGGCGGCACCGUGGUCAUCUACCCGCCGCGGGAGUCUCCCUUCGAGUCGCAUCUCAACGUCAUCGUGGGGAACGUGUGUCUGUACGGAGCCACCUCGGGACGCGCCUACUUCAGGGGCAUCGCGUCGGAGCGGUUCUGCGUGCGCAACUCGGGCUGCACGGCCGUGGUGGAGGGGGUGGGGGACCACGCGUGCGAGUACAUGACGGCGGGCGCGGCGCUCGUGCUGGGGCUCACCGGCAGGAACUUCGCGGCCGGCAUGAGCGGUGGCAUCGCCUACGUCUACGACAUUGAUGGUUCAUUCAAAGGGAAAUGUAACCCUGAAAUGGUUGAACUCUUACCUUUGGAACUCGAAGACGACCUCAAAUAUGUACAGAAACUUCUCGAAGAAUUCGUAGAGUACACUGGAUCACUGAUCGCGGUAGAACUAUUAAAGACAUGGCCCGAACCAGCGAAGAAGUUCGUCAAAGUGUUCCCGUACGAGUACCAGCGAGCGCUGAAGCAGAUGGCUCUGAAGCAGCCGGCCGCGCAGAAGGGCGACACCAAUGGACAUCAGAACGGCGUGCUCGACAUAGAGGAGACCGUUAAGGAUGUCGAGUUCGAGAAGAAGAAUCUCGAAAAGAUCUUGGACAAGACCAGAGGGUUCAUGAAGUACGGUCGCGAGACGGCGCUGUACCGCAGCGCGGAGAGCCGGCUGCGCGACUGGGAGGAGAUCUACGCGGCGGGCGCGGUGCGGCGCUCCGUGCGCGUGCAGGCGGCGCGCUGCAUGGACUGCGGCGUGCCCUUCUGCCAGAGCGCGCACGGCUGCCCGCUCGGCAACCUCAUCCCCAAGUGGAACGACCUCAUCUACCGCGCCGACUGGGCGCAGGCGCUCGCGCAGCUGCUGCAGACCAACAACUUCCCCGAGUUCACUGGGCGCGUGUGUCCGGCGCCGUGCGAGGGCGCGUGCGUGCUGGCCAUCAGCGAGCCCGCCGUCACCAUCAAGAACAUCGAGUGCGCCAUCAUCGACCACGCCUUCGAGGCGGGCUGGCUCAAGCCGGAGGUGCCGCCGCAUCGGAACGGGCACACGGUGGCCGUGGUGGGCUCGGGCCCCGCGGGGCUGGCCUGCGCGCACCAGCUCAACAAGGCCGGCUACACGGUGACGGUGUUCGAGCGGAACGACCGGGCGGGCGGCCUGCUGCAGUACGGGAUACCUACUAUGAAGCUGAGCAAGGAGGUCGUCGCCAGAAGGAUCAAGCUGAUGCAGGCCGAGGGGAUCGUCUUCAAGUGCAACGUCGACGUCGGGAAGGAUAUAUCCGCUAAUGAAUUAGCAAGCGAGUACGACGCGCUGGUGCUGUGCCUGGGCGCGACCUGGCCCCGCGACCUGCCCCUGAAGGGCCGCCAGCUCAAUGGCAUCCACUACGCCAUGGAGUUCCUUGAGACCUGGCAGAAGAAGCAGGCGGGAUCCACUCAUCCACAUAUGAAGGACAACCCCGAACUCAACGCCAAAGAUAAGGACGUGCUCAUCAUCGGAGGCGGAGAUACCGGAUGCGAUUGCAUAGCCACUUCGUUGCGUCAGGGCGCGAAGACAAUAACGACAUUCGAAAUCUUACCCGAGCCGAAAAAGACCAGAGGACUAGAUAACCCUUGGCCUCAGUGGCCUAGAGUUUUCAGAGUGGACUACGGUCACGAAGAGGUGAAGGUCAAGUUCGGUAACGACCCCAGGAGGUUUUCGACGCUCACCAAAGAAUUUUUGGACGACGGCGAGGGCAACGUGUGCGGCGUGCUGGCGGUGGAGGUGGAGUGGAGCCGCGGCGCGGGCGGGCGCUGGGACAUGCGCGAGGUGGCGGGCUCGCAGCGGGAGUACCGCGCCGACCUCGUGCUGCUCGCCAUGGGCUUCCUCGGCCCCGAGAGAUACGUCGCCAACCAGCUCGAUCUCCCGCUGGAUGCGCGCAGUAACAUCGAAACACUGAAAUCGGAUAUUUACAAAACGAACGCCAAGAACGUUUUCGCGGCUGGAGAUUGCCGGAGAGGCCAGUCGCUGGUGGUGUGGGCGAUAUCCGAAGGUCGACAAGCGGCGCGGUCAGUGGAUAUCUUCCUGUCGGGCCGGUCGUCCCUGCCCGGACCGGGCGGGGUCAUACACGAGAACUGAACCGCUGCGCCGUCGCCGUUCGCUUCAUGAUGUAACGUUAGAGGCCUCGCAGACCGACCGGCACCCCUUUUAUAAAAAGGACUUUGUGUUUCGUCCGAACUGCUAGAUCCGCGUCUGUUUUCUGACUCGCUCUCCCACAAAUCUUAAUUUGUCAAUCGCAGCCCAAAAAAACUUAAGAGGACAACACAGAUGCGGACGUGGUGUGCCAACCCUACAUAGCGGCAUACAGGCAAGAAGACAUAGAAUGUCAAUAGAAAAAAAACACAACUAACGCCAUCUAUGAAUUGGGGAAAUAUUUUAAUUAACACUAGAUUUUUUUAUCUGAUAUAAUUUAAGGACACAAAGUUACGAUGGGUGCUCGUCGGCGUAAGAUCUCUGUAGAUUUGUAGGAUAAUAGAAUAGCACACUUAGCGCUACGCGUAGUCCUAAAGGAAUAUUAUUGUGUAGGGCAAAACGUCAAGGAUUGAAACGUUGAGAUGUCCCGUUUUUAAAAUUACAAAAGGGAUCGGUUACAGAAGUUUAAUGAUUAAACUAUACGCCAUAAAGUAUUCGUUGAAAUAUAAAAAAACACGCUAAUUAUUACAUCGAGGGAAAUGCUAUUUGAUCUAAGCGACAUUUCGCUAAAUACACGACAUGUAUCUUUGUAAUUAAAGGUCUUAUUUACUAUUAGCGUCAACAGUUCGACGUUUUUAAUUGAACUUCAAUUAAGUUUACUUCAUUGAAAUAGCUAAAGAAAUUUUGUAUGCCAAUUUUUCUUUAACUUUAAAUCGUUCUACUGUAAAGUUGCCAAAAUGUAGCUUAAAUUAAAUAGCCUUUCACGACUCGACAUUAUCGUCAGCGUCACACGGCAGCGCUUGCUAACACUUUUGUAACUUGUUUUAUGAAAAACUCCGGCUGCAGAUUCUACGUUUCUAAAAGAACUAUGGAAAAGAUACAGAAUACAGUAUAGAAAAAAAAUGUUGUUUACAAUGUUUGAGAUUUUUAAUAAUUUAUUAUUAUUAUUGACAGUUUUUAUAUGUGUUUUCAUUUUGUAUUGUAUAUAAUAAUUUUGUUGGUUAUUGUUGUCGUAUUCUCGAGACGCGCACUUUGAAUAAUAAAUACUGAUAACAAUGUGAUCCAUUUUAGAUGUUAAAUUGUAUUUUUAUUUAUCUACAAUCUAACGAUCUAAUAAUAUUGGUAAAAUACUCAACCUGGAAAACUUUUGUGUCACAAUCAUAAUAUGAUGAAGGCAGAAAAUGUUUUUUUCGCAGUUUUUAUUAUAUUUAUAAAUGGAACUUUAAUUUUUCACCAGCAGUCAGGUGCAUUAAUAUCGUUAAAAACGUUCCAAUGCUAAUUCGUGUGUUCCUUUAUUAGCGAUUUAAAUUUAAAAAAAAACUGAAAAGUUGGACGUUUACUCACUGAAAAUACCAUUUUUGUGUGUGACUUGUUUGAAACAUGAUUCUCAUUCACGAAUAUGCAAAUAUUUUACUUCCCAACUCAAUUUAACAUGAUUCAUGUACCGUAUUAGAAAUCUGAUUGGAUUUUAGAAAAAAAAAGAUCUUCACAAAAACAUUAGGUAAAUCUUUUACCUAAGCAAAACUUUAAAUUUUAUUUACUGGCUUAAACUGUAUAAGCAUCGGUUUUAUUUUUUGGUCUCCGCAAUAGAAUUUGAUCACAACUAUUCAUUUAUACGUAAUUCUUUUUUUUUUGUACGUUCAGACCGGUUUCCAUAAUUCUAAAAUUUUACAAGAAAAUAAGUAUGUAAUUAAAUAUUAUUUCAUUUUCGGAAUAGAUAUUAAAUAUUUAAUAUUAAUUUGUAGUUUCUUAUAAAUAUGUAUUAAGGAAUAAAUUUCUUUCAUUAGUAUUUAUUUAACCAUGUCAUGGAUUACAUGAACGGGAAAUGAAACCGCUAACUUUAAAAACCUCGUUCAUAUAAAACAUUCUGACUUUAUUUUUGUUGUGCUGUUUUAUUUUUAAGUGUAAUCAUUUAGAAGUAUGUUUCAAUUGUAUAAAAAAAUAUAUCAAGAAACUCAAGAUUCAUUUCCAUUUACGAUGGGUUAUGUUGUUAACUUUGUUUAAUAAUGCGUAAAUAAAAUCAUGUAAUAUUUAUUUCAUCUUUUAAUUUUGUCAUCAUUUUGUUGUGACUCAGUUAAGUAAUUGCGUUUCGUAAAUACGAAGCUGCGAAGCUGUGUGGCAGUUGCAAAAGCAGAGUUGAGUUUAUUUAUUUAUGUAAUAGUUUGAAAUUGAAAAAACAAAACUUGAAUUGACCCUUUGUUUUAGAAGCAGGCUUGUCUUUUUCAUUGUUAUUUCUGAGCAAGUGUCUAUGAAGCGCCCAGUUCCCGCCAAAUCAAACGAUGAGAGAUUAUCUUAAAUAAUGCAUAUAUUUUUUUAUGUUUGUGUCUCUGUACGUUCCCAAAAGCAUUCAUCCAACUGUCAAACUGCGCAAAUAUUGGCAUUCCCGCGCUGACUGUGUCAAAGGUGUCGGAUCGCCCAGUAUCUUAGAAUCGAUGCCUUUGAUACAAUUAGCAAUGGUCGCAUCGCAACCUGACCAAAUGUUUGAAAGGCUAAUAAUGUUACUGAAUUUUCAGUUAAAAAUUUUAGUACGAGUUUGAGAGAGUUAUUUUCCUUUCCCCGUGGAACACUUACCUACCCCCGGUAUUUGAUUGACAUCAAUCUUCGUCCAGUGACCGAAAUUCGACCAUAGUCAUUAACGAUUAAACAACCAAAUGCAAACAUACAGGACGAAGCGUAUUUUCCUCUUACCAAAAAAAAAAUUAUCCCGCCAUUUCCAAAGUCGGCCUUAAUUUUUUUUUUAGUUAUGUCCUUAACAAAAACCUUGCCAUAUUAAUAAUAUUUUCAUCUAGCGACAUCCAAAUGUCAAUGUUUAGUGAUUUCAACACGGUUUAAUUAUUUUAAUUCGCGUUAUACGUUUCCCUCGCUUUGUUGACAAAAUGUAAAAUACUUGACACUGGCCAAAUGCACGAAUGGUGCCGAGCCAAAAUUAAGAAGAAGAAGAAGAAGUGAUUUCAACAAAUUGUAGUCACCUAUUUGUCCUGAAUCCAUAUAUAGUGUGGCAGAAUGACGCAACUUUGUUGACAACUGCCGAAUACUGGACUUUGAAAUUUGAAAUUGACUUAUUCGAUCCAAUUAUUCAUCUUAAUUAUGAUCGAGACAGCACUUGAAGAAGAAGAAUCUAUCACAAUAUAUGAAUUUAAAGUUUGCUAAGGGUUUGGGAUUUCAAAAUGAUUGACUCAACCAAACACACAAAUCGCCUUCUUUGGGAAGUAAUGGCGUGGUUAUAUUUAAUGGCGAUUCGUUCAUCAAAGACUACUCUUUUGUCCCAGUUUCCUUGCCGUUUAUGUCUUAAAACUACAAAUUUUACCUUUAUUAAUAAAGGUUCUCAAUAAUUUCAUUUUCAUACAUCACAGUGGAAUUUCACCAUCAAUUCGGGGUGUCUUGUGAUUGAGGCAUAUUCGUAUUUAUACCCUUCAACUAUCAAAUACCUAUGAGGAUAUUUAAAAUAGCCUACAAAAUGUAGUACAAGUAAUAGAUAAAAACCAAAACACAAUUUAUGUAAUUCUAACGUUUCGAUAUGAUAUUAUUGACAAUAAUUAAAUGUUUAUUCGUAGUCGAAACUUGUACACGAUGUUAUAGCGAAAUAAAAAUAUAUUUCGGCACA